AUGGAUGACUCACCUCUUGCUGCUCCCUCGCUCCGUCAAACAAGAACCAAUAUGAGUCAUGCGAACAACGGGCGGCGUAGAGUCUCCCACAUCAGGAGACAAGACCCAAUAUGUCACAUUCAACAAGGAGUAGCCGGCCUCAUUCUUGAUUACAACACCCCUUUUUGUGCUGACAUUUUGAAUGCGCCUAAGGAGCCUAAAGUCAAGCCGCCAGCUAUUGACACAUAUGACGGCACCUCUGAUCUUGAUGUGCACCUCCUGGCUUAUCGUCACCAUAUGUAUGUCCAAGGAACCACUGAAACAACUUGGUGCAAAUACUUCCCGGCCACUUUGAAAGGCAUCGCCUCAAAAUGGUUCGAGAAAAUUCCUGCUGGAACGAUCAACACUUACGCAGAGUUAGAAAUGUUAUUUUUUGCAAGGUUCAUGGCCUAUAAAGAGGAAAAGCAAACGAGCAUGCACUUGGGCCGCAUACAGCAAGGAAAAGAUGCGUCCCUUCGAAGCUACGUGCGGCGUUUUAACUUGGAAUCAGGGCAAAUUCCGGAUCUGCCUGACGGAGUGGCUUUUGAUAACUUUUUUAGAGGUCUCAAGAAGGGUUCCUUCAAGUUUGAUUUGGUUACGAAGAGUGUAAGAACCAUGGAAGAUGCCUUGGACGAAGCCGAAUCUUUUAUCCAUGCUACAGAAAUUUGUUCCGUCCCAAAAGAGUCCAAGGGGAUGGAGGCCUCAUAUCACCCCCAACGCAAGGAUAAAUCAGAUAAGAAGACCAACCGUCCAAAUGGGACGUGGGCCAUUGAGAAGAAGGGGUAUCAAGCCAACUCCUCUCCGGGACAGAAGAGAGGACGACCCUACGAUAAAGAGAAGUUUGAGUAUAACACAGAUCUUUACACUAUAUUACUAGACGUCAGCAAUAGAUAUGAGAUCGAUCAUUGCAAGAGUUUACGCAGGGCUAUCGAUGGAUUGGCCGCCAAGGGUUUUAUAAAAUCAUAUCUUAGCAAAAAUACAGGGGGGAAUAGUAAAAAGUUCUAUAAGAAGAGUAAAUCUCCAUCAUACCGCCGUGAUGAUAAUGACACAGAUCCAGAAUAUGUAGCGGUAAUCUCAGGAGGUCUGGCUGCUGAGGGCCCGAUGAUGAGGGGGAAAAAAGAUUAUGCAAGCCGGUUGGGCCAGGUAAUUCUGUCAGGCAAAGCACCAAUUGAUCACUUCCCAAAGGUGGAAAUCUGUGAGGCCGAUAGAGGAAAGAUAACAACCCCCCAUGACGAUCCUCUGGUCAUUGAGUUGAAGGUGGCAAACCUUAAAGUAAGGAGUAUCCUAGUCGAUACAGGAAGUUCGUCGGACAUCAUUAGUUCAGCCUACCUGAACCGUCUUGAGCAUGAUCCUAAGACGAUUGAGAAAAUUCACUAUCCCAUCAUUGGGUUCGGAGGCGGCAUAAUUCAUCCCCAGGGCAUUAUAACUCUACCCCUUCGAGAUCUUACUGCAUAUAAUAUCAUCUUGGGGCGUCCUACUCUAAAUCGGGUAAAGGCAGUGGUUGUCACCCAUCUUAUGUUAAUGAAGUAUGUUUGCGAUAAAGGCCAAGUCGGCACUAUUCAUGGUGAUCAACAAUUGGCUAGAGAUUGUUAUCUGACCACACUAAGUCCUGAAGCAUGGGGAGGAAGAAAAACCAAUGAGGGAAAAUCUGGUUCGAAAAGAAAAUUGGACGAGACAGAAGAUAAAAUCAAGAAAGAAACCUUCACCAUUGCCACGUCACAUGGAGACUAG